GUGCCUUACACGCCGCUAGCUCCGGUUUUUGUCUCCCAUUUUGCACCGUGCAACGCAAUCCGUGCGCUAGUUCUGGCCACCCCUGCGCAGCCGCGGCACGCCAUCCCCUGCGCAGCCGCGGCACGCCAUCGCUGCGGCGCACCCCGACGCGCGCAGCACCCGAACCCCAGGAGCCACACCUUGCAGCGCGGCACCAUGCGCCUCCUCAUAGCCCUCCUAGCAACCACUCAUGCGUUCAAGCAGCAACGAGACGACAACAAGCCCCGCGGGAAAAGAAAUGUAUUAUUUAUGAUCGCCGACGACCUGCGCCCGCAACUCGGCCAUCUCGGACAUUCUGAUGUAGACACGCCCCAAAUCGAUCGACUCGCGAAAACGGGAGUCUCCUUCCGACGGGCCUACUGCCAAGCUCCCGCUUGUAAUCCGUCGAGAAAUUCUUUUUUGACGGGCAUGUAUCCAGACGUGAGCAAGGUGUUCUAUUUCGAGGGAGUAACUCACUUGACGUUAGGAAAACGAGGAGAACUCGACGUCUUUACGCACAUGCGGUCCCACGGCUACAUCACCAUGGGCGUGGGCAAGCUCUGGCACUGGGAGCCCAUCGGCGAGCCGUUCACGCGGGGCACCGGGGCGCACUUCCCGAAAUGGGGCACGUACUCCCAAGAGUGGGGCUGCGGCGACGAGGAUUCUGGUGGUAGAUGUUCUCCACGAAAGGAGGAGGUGCCGGACGGCGACAUAGUGAUGGGGCGCGUCUACCCGACGCAGGAUCCCGCUGAAUCAUUAUUCGACUACCGCGUCGCCAGUGACGCGAACAAGAAGCUGGCCCUAGGUGCGAAGCAGUGGUCGAUGAGGAGACGGCCCUUCUUUUUGGGAGUGGGCUUCCACCACCCGCACACGAAGUGGCGCAUUCCCGUUCAAACGUGGUCUCAGUAUCAAGAUAGGAGAAUCGCCAUGCCCGACAUCCAACGAAAGACGACGGGCGCGCCCUUUUAUGCUUUUGGGGACAACAACAUCGCCCCGACGGCCAUCACGAUAGAUGGUACGCGUCAUCGAGUGCCCGCCAAACCCUAUAAAGAGGGCAAAGAAUUGCCGGAACACGUCGUCCGCGAAUUGCGCCGGGGCUACCUCGCGUCCGUCGCGUUUCUGGACGUCCAAGUCGGCCGCGUCCUGGACCAAGUCGACAAUUUGCAUCUAGCGAACGACACGGUGAUUAUCUUCACGUCGGAUCAUGGGUAUGGCAUCGGGGAACGCGGGCACUGGGGCAAAGGCAGUUUGUACGAGAUCGACGCUAGAGUACCUCUCAUCGUGCGCGAUCCGCACCAUCGACACAUGUGGGGUCGCUCGACGAACGCUUUAGUGGAGUUAGUGGACCUGUACAAGUCCGUCAUCGAUCUCGCACAUUUGCCGUUCGGGAGACACAUGUACCAGUGGUUGGAAGGUCGCAGCUGGCGGUCGAUCGUGGAAACCGGCCAGGGCGGCAACUCCCACGCUUUGACCAUCGUGCCGAAGUGCCACGGGAAGAAAUAUGGCGACGCGCCGCCGCACAACUGCGGCGGGAGAAGCUACGAGUGGCACCGCAUGGAGGGCGGGACCAAAGCCGCGCUGGUGGGCUUCGCGGCGCGAAGUCACCGAUACAGGUACGUCGCCUGGAUGGACCACAACGAGUCGCUCGAUGCCGUGGACUGGGCGCGCGCGCCGGUCGCCGAGGAGCUCUACGACAAUUCGAAGAUGGACGAAAAAGAUCUAGAUUCUUCUGAUGCGAUCAACUUGCUGUCGGCGGCCGCGCAGUUAAGUGGCGUCGAGUGGGCCGACGUGCGCGACAAGGCCGACGGGCAUUUGCGGUGGCUGCGGCAGAGUGCGCGGGACCGGUUCUUUCGGGCGUUCGGCGAGUACCAUACGAGACUGCAUGACCAGUCCGAUACGGUCAAAGAGUUCCUGCCGUCGCAUAGUAGACCUGCGGCGCUGCCGCCGCGGGACCCUCCCGUGGAUGCUGGGAGGGCGCCGCGCAAGAAGCCGCGGUUCUCCAUGCGCGGGGCUUUCGAAGGCGGGCGCGCGCGGCGGCGCCAGGAGUGGGGACGCGUGUAAGGGUGUGUGAUGUUCUAUA